GACCAGACGGUGACGUCACCUCGCAGCUCGACGGACAGCUGGGAGCUCGCUGACGGUUUGUUUUGACCGCUCCUGCCGGGAUUCUUUCGCACAUCACGCCGACAGCGUCCGGCCUCCGCGCGGGGAUCCUGCGAAGAUGAAAUGGAUGUUUAAGGAGGACCAUUCCCUCGAGCACCGAUGUGUGGAGUCAGCCAAGAUACGCAACAAGUACCCCGACAGAGUCCNGGUGAUCGUGGAGAAGGUCUCCGGCUCCCAGAUCGUGGACAUCGACAAGAGGAAGUACCUGGUGCCCUCUGACAUCACCGUGGCCCAGUUCAUGUGGAUCAUCAGGAAGCGCAUCCAGCUGCCCUCGGAGAAGGCCAUCUUCCUGUUUGUGGACAAGACGGUGCCCCAGUCCAGCCUGACGAUGGGCCAGCUGUACGACAAGGAGACGGAGGAGGACGGCUUCCUGUACGUGGCCUACAGCGGGGAGAACACCUUUGGUUCCACAGCCUUUUAUACAACACAGGGUUAACACACACACACACACACACACACUGGUGCACCAUGUUUCCAAC